AUGGCAGCAGCAUCUGAGAUUUACUUAUCAUUUUUUCUAGUCUACAGGGUCAAUUGGCUCUGGAUGAGGGCACUGUGGGACAGAUGGAAGGAGGAGGUUCAGCUGUUGAAAUGCAAGCAGGAGUGGACUAAAAACUUCUUUGAAAACAAGGUAAGAUUUUGGACUGGCAGAAAGGCUGCCAUGUUGGAAAAGGGACAGGCUGGGCUGGCAUGCUAUGCCAGAUGUAUGGCGGAUUAG